GCAGCCAUGGCGGCGGUGCGGGCGGCGCUGCUCGCCCCGCUGCUGGCGCUCGGCCGGGCCGGCUCGGGGCCCGCGACCCCCGCGCGGGUCGAGGUGGCCGUGUCGGAGCCCGGGGCGGCGGGGCCGGACGGGGACGGGGCCGGCAGCGGGGCCGGCAGCGCGGGCGCGGUGCCCGGCGGCUCGUACAUGCUGCGCGGGGCCGUGCUGGGAGCAGGGGGCGGCCGGGCCGGGCCGGGCCGGGGCGACCCGCGGGGGGAGCGGGAGGAGAUGGAGAUCCGAGGCCGCCUGGUGCUGGUGGGUGAUGUGGAGCCAGAGCUGAGCGCUGCUGACAGCUGGAUCGGGGUGGUGCCCGUGGGCACCGAGGAGCCGGCCGAGGGCCCCCGGGGUGCCAAGGAGGAGUCCUUCACCACCGCCGUUGUCACCAAGAUGAAGCGAGCCCUGGUGCUGGGGGCCUCUGCCCUGCUGAUCCUGGCGCUGAACCAGAACGCCAUCCGUGAGCUGGAUGUGUCCCAGCUGCUGGCCAAGCCUGUCAUCGUCAUCCAGUCCUCAGACAAUGUCACCAGGCUGCUGGGAGCGCUGCUGCGUGGGCUCCGGGCUACAGCAAAGAUCACGUACCAGGCAGUGCUGCUGGAGAACCUGGUGUGCUCCUGUUGCUGGACACUGCUGUGGCCAUCAGCAAUGCCGUGUCCUGCCUUGCAGGGAGUGACCCUCACGCUGUGGUCCACCUGUGGCCUGUCCCGAGGGGGCCUCUAUGGGGAGUGGCAGGGGGUCAUCUGCCCUGGGGAGAGCAGCUCGCAGGUCCAGAAGUACCUGCAGCAGCUGUGGAACACCAUCCUGCUGAUCGCCCUGCUGCUCUGCACCGGUGUCAUGGUGCAGGCCCAGCGCCAGUCGCGUCAGGAGCUGUCCGAGCGGGAUGCUGAGCUGGACCUGAAGCAGCACAUCCGGCGGCGCCUGCUGGCACUGAAAACCCGGCGGUACCACCCUGGGAAGCCGCCCCGCAGCCGGGCCUGUGAGAUUGACAGCUGUGCUGUGUGCCUGGACCAGUUCCACAAGAGCCAGUGGCUGCGGGUGCUGCCCUGCUCCCACGAGUUCCACCGGGACUGUGUUGAUCCCUGGCUCCUGCUGCAGCAGACCUGCCCUCUCUGCAAGCGCAACAUCCUGGGGAACUGCUGCACGGACAGCUAGCUGGCCUGAGGACACACUCCAGGGACAGACCCACGGCUGCUCCAGGGACAGGGAGGGGGCAGGGGGUGCCCAGUGAGAGGCACUUGCUGCCACAGCAGGGUUGGUGUGGCUGUGCCCAUCACAGUGCCCAGACUUUAGAGAUGGAAGGACCUGGGGCUCUCCUGCUGGGUGUGAGUAGAGGGGUGGGGGGUCCAGAUGGACAGUGUUGGGGAGGGAAGAUUUGGGGCACCCAUGGGUGUAAUGGGGUGGGGGCUGGGGCAGGGAGAGCCCUGGUCCUGCUGUGCUCUUGCCCUGCUCACAGCAAUUUUUCUAGGUCUUGGGUUUUUUGUCUAUUUGCUGGUGGCCGUGGCAGGGUAGGCAGAGCCUGGCUGCAGUGCCAGCCCCUCUGAGAGGUGGGUGACAGCCCUGGCAGGGCUGGGGCUGGCAGGGCUGUGGGUAACUCACGGCCUCACCAUGGGAGGGCAGGGGUUGGAUGCUUUAUUUAUAAUAACUUAUUAGAAAGGAUGGCACCAGUCAGCUGCAGAGCCAGCACAGGACUCGGCUCACCAGCACGGUCACUGGGGACACACCAUGGGCCCUGCCUGGGUCCUGCCCCACAGGCUGCAAUGUGGCACGUGCCCAUCCCUAUUAAACAUGGAGCAAGGA